CCAAAUGACCCAGUCCAUUUCGUUCUUAAAAGUCAAAACCCUAUCACUGUAGGCCUCUCUUAUUCUCGGCGACUCUCACGCUCGUCUCUCAUAAUCAAAAUCCUUAUCGAACUUGAAUUAAGCUACUGAUUUUCUCAUUGUUGUGGUGUCAUUCUGACUCUCUUUUCUUCUCUAUUCUCCCUGGUUUUCUUAUCUACUUAUUUUCUUCGUCCUUUUUGUUUGAGUUAGUAGUGUGAAGGAGACAAAACAGAGUUGUUGAAUAAACAUUAAGCUAGGCCACAGAGUUUUGAUGCCUAGCAACAAGUGUCACAGUGUUGUACACGUUUCCAUCAGCAACUGCCUUAUAUGUGUAGGACACUCCUCAUUAGGUGACAAUUAAAAAAAGAUGUCGAGCCAAGCAUUUGAACCAACACCUCCAUGGCUCAGUCAGUCAGACAUGAUUUGGAUAGUGAGAUGGGGACCAAGGUAAAGAAAGCUAUGAAGAAUUUGAAAAGGGCAACUACUAAUAAGCCAUCCGAGGAUGCUGACUUUUUGUCCUUGGAAGGUGGUCCUGUUUGCAAACAACCCGAACAGAAGCUGCUGAAGAAUACUGCAACUGUUUUGUAUGUGGGUAGGAUUCCACAUGGAUUCUAUGAGAAGGAGAUGGAAGGUUAUAUUGGACAAUUUAGAACCAUCAAGAAAUUGAGAAUUGCAAGAAAUAAAAGGGCGGGAAAAUCAAGACAUUUUGGGUACAUAGAAUUUGAAUAAUCAGAGGUAGCAAAAAUUGUAGCUAGAGUGAAAGAAAAAGACAGAUAAAUCAGCGCACUAAAGCUUUCCAAUCUCUGGGUAUCAUAUAUAAAAUAGGUUUAUUAUCAGCUCUGUUCCAUAGAAUAGAAAUUCUAUGAAGUUGUAGCACUACAAGCCCAUUAGUAUGGUGACACUUUUGUUCAUGAUGAUUUUAGGCAAGAUUAUUAUUCUUAAACCCAAUCACCCAUCCUCCCAAAAGAAUCAGACCUUAAAAGAUACCAUGUGCUGAAACCCAAAUAGUAGCUAGGAUUUAGGAUAAGUAUCAUGUCACAGAAUGUGCAAGAAGAGUUUGCCAAAAAGCCUAGAAUUGCCUUUUAACUGAUAUCCACAUGCAUAAAAAAUGAGUAGAAAUGCCAAUCCUUUAAAAUGGCAUUAUUAUGUGUCUUGACUAAAGGGUAAAAGAAUUAGUUUCUUAUUUACAAUAGCAUCGAGGGGAUCAAGUGAAUAUGUGACUUUUUCCUUUAUUGAUGGAGAGGAUUCGAUUACCAUCACAAGCCAUUGGACUUGGUCCAAAUUGAACGGAAGUGUGAUGACUAGUUCAAUGGAUCAGAAAAUCUACCUGUUUGAUUGAAAGUCUGUUUUGUUCCUUAAUGUUGUCA